ACAAACUCAUGCGUAAUGACUUGCGGCGACAUUACUUUUCUUUUAACACGAUGCAAAACAUACGUAUAUGGGGAGCUGCCGCAUGCAAAACGAGACGAGCCUCGGCUUAAUUCCCACCUUCAGGGAUCGAUGCACCCCAUCAAGUUCUAAAAGAGGCAGUAUUCCUAGACGGGGAUAGUUCAUUGCCAGCCUAGGCAUUCAUGAUGCCUCGGUUCCCCAGCUUUUCCAUAACUAGGUCCACACGUUGGUUCAAGAGCCUUGUAGAACCAAGUUAGAAAAGCGACUUUGCUCUGUUACUUCGGCUUGUUUUUGUAAUUUCAGCUUACGUCUGACAGUCAAGAUGGCCUCACCACAGAAGAUCCGAACACCCAUAACUGAUCUAUUCAAGAUCAACCACCCUAUCCUCUUGGCUGGUAUGAACGUUGCCGCUGGCCCCAAGUUGGCAGCAGCUGUUACAAAUGCCGGAGGUCUCGGUGUCAUCGGGGGCGUGUCAUACACCCCAGCCAUGCUGAAGGAGCAGAUCGACGAGCUCAAGUCGUACUUGGAUGACAAGAAUGCGCCGUUCGGAAUUGACCUGUUACUCCCACAGGUUGGUGGCAGCGCCAGGAAAACAAAUUACGAUUACACGAAAGGCAAGCUUAACGAUCUGGUCGACGUUAUCAUCGAAUCGGGUGCCAAACUCUUCGUUUCCGCCGUCGGUGUGCCACCCAAGGCCGUCGUCGACAAAUUACACAAGCACGGCAUUUACUACAUGAACAUGGUCGGACACCCCAAGCAUGUCCAGAAGGCAUUGGACAUCGGUUGCGAUAUUAUCUGCGCGCAGGGUGGCGAGGGUGGCGGUCACACCGGGCACGUCCCGACCACUGUCCUGAUUCCCGCUUGCGUUGAGAUCUGCAAGGGAAAGAUGAGCCCCGUUUCAGGCAAACAGGUCCAAGUUGUCGCUGCCGGUGGCAUUCACAACGGCCAACUGUUAGCUGCUUCGUUGAUGAUGGGCGCAAGCGCCGUGUGGGUCGGCACCAGAUUCAUCCUGACGGAGGAAGCCGGAGCGCCGGAAUCGCACAAGGAGGCGGUCCAGACUGCUAGCUUCGACGACACCAUCCGCACCCUCAUCUUCACCGGACGGCCGUUGCGAGUGCGGAAGAACCCGUAUAUCGAGACUUGGGAGAACGAACGCCAGAGCGAGAUCAAGGAGUUGACAGCUAAGGGUAUUCUCCCCUACGAGCACGACCUGGAAAAGGUCGCGAACGGCACCACCGAUAUCCCCGGUGUGGAAAAGGGUGCUAGCGAUGAGGACGUGGAUGAUGUGAUGGACCAGUUCCGACCGUUCCUCAUGGGCCAAUGCGCCGCGCUUGUCAAGGAGCGAAAGAGCGCGAAGGCGGUGGUGGAUGAAUUCAUCACAGAUGCUACGGCAGCGCUGAGCCAAGGCCAGAAGAUGACAUCCAAGCUAUAGGUAGAAUCUUAGAGAUUGCAUGGGAAGUGCAAUCCGUGUACACAUAGUAAGGCGCAUGUUUAUUUCGUACUAUAAAUAUCAAUUAAGCUAGCCAUUUCAGUCUGGCAAUCACCUAAACCGCUGCUUUGAUAUUAGUGGUUGGAGGAAAUGCCAUCCGUCGAUCCAUGUAUAUUUUGCCUUUGAAAAUCAGUGGCAAUGUAAGGUUGUUUGUUACUUCC